CUCUCACAAGCUCACUCUUCAACCCCAGGCAGGAGCUUAAGAGGCACAGGAUGCUUUUAUUUUUCUCCAGCUCGUUUUUCACCUCUGCUAUAAAAGAGUCACUAUAAAGAUUUUUAUAUCUGUCCCAAAUUAAUCUCAUCUCUCGCUCCAUUUGCGCGAUGGCAAAGUGCGUUGAAGUUGCGGGAGGGCUGAGGAACGUCGACCUAAAUUAUGCUCGCAAUUAUCUUUAUAGUCCCAGAGGACUAGGCGCCGCAGACAGAAGGAAUUAGUGAAGGAGUGCAAACGAUUAAAAGCGCUCGAGCCCCUGUCUCCAGACAGGUUCGGUCAUUACCGCGACCGAGGACACGAGGAGGCUUUCUGAGGAGAGAAAUGCGGAUAACGAGUGGGAACAUUACGGUCGUUAUUCUUUGCAGCACCGGCAGGAGUUAAGAUGUUUGUGCCGUGUCAUCAGAAGUUGGUCUCAGCAUUCUUGCUACUCUACUGUUUGCACUUAUCAGCGUUUGAUUUCCUGUGGCCAUGUCCUCAAAAGUGCAUUUGUCGGCAGGACACACUAGAGGUGAACUGCUCUUCAAAACACUUAACAGUUGUUCCAGAAGGAUUGCACAUCAGUGCCAGGCGGCUGAACCUUUCUGGCAACCGCUUGAAGACACUGAUUCGGCGACAGUUCUAUGGAUUAACGCAACUAGAGGAGCUGGACCUUAGUGGGAACAUUAUCUCCAUGAUUGAAGUGGAAGCAUUCCAGGGUCUGAAAUACCUAAGGAUUUUAAAAAUAAAAAACAACCGGCUUAAGAUCAUCCCAGUUGGUGUCUUCUCUGGUCUGUCAAGCCUUCUCAGCCUGGACAUUAGCAAGAAUGAGAUACUUGUGUUUCUGGACUACACAUUUCAGGAGAUGGUGAACCUACGGGAACUAAAUGCAGGGGAAAAUGACCUGGUGUUUAUUUCACAGAGGGCCUUUGUUGGUCUGCAGAGCUUACAGGAGCUGAAUGUAGACCACAGUAACCUUACUUCUAUUCCUACUGAUGCAUUUUCACAACUCCAAAGCCUAAGCAAACUGCGCCUAAGGAGACUAAACAUUAAUGUGUUGCCCAACUAUGCCUUUCGUCGGCUGCACCAGCUGCGUACACUGCAGAUACUUCAGUGGCCCUCAUUAGAGACGUUAAACAGCAACAGCCUUGUGAAUCUAAAUAUCACCAGCUUGGUUAUCAGUAACUGCAAUCUGAGUGCCAUACCAUAUGCCUCAUUGCGCCAUUUAACACACCUGAUCUACUUAGAUCUGUCCUACAACCCUAUUACAUCUAUAGAGAGUAAUAAGCUAGGAGAAUUGCUCAGACUUCAGGAAUUCCACUUGGUGGGUGGGAAACUGCUCCGCAUUGAGCCAGGUGCCUUUAGAUGCCUGGCUCACUUUAAGCUGCUCAAUGUAUCUUCAAACCGACUUACUACCCUUGAAGAAAGUGCCUUCCAUGCAGUCGGGAACUUACAGAUCUUGCGACUGGACAGGAACCCACUUACUUGUGACUGUCGGCUACUGUGGGUGAUGCGACGUCGUUUUAGGUUAAACUUUGAUGGUCGCCAGCCUACAUGUUCUGCCCAUGAACGCGGUCGGAGGCGGGAGUUUCGUGACUUUUCAGAGGCAGAGUUUUCCAAAGUGUUUAUCUGCAGACAGGCAGGUAUCCUUGAACGUAAGCUACAAGACGUAAUGGUGGAUGAGGGAACAAAUGUUCAGUUUGAAUGCAAAGUAGAUGGCUAUCCCCAACCCAGUAUAACUUGGUUAUCACCCCAGCAGACUCCAUUCAGCUCUGUGGGGAGAAUACGGGUGCAUGCAAAUGGAACUCUGGAAGUGCGUUAUGCCCAAGUGCAGGACACUGGAACUUACCUAUGCAUUGCAUCUAACGCAGCAGGAAAUGAUAAUAUCUCUGCCAGUCUUCAUGUGAGGAGCUCCUCUCGAAACUACACACCUCCUAAUUUCUUUGAUGAGAGUUUGGUUGAAACCUCAUUGCCUCCUUCUACCAACUCAUCAGCACAGCUGUCGAGCCCUUUUCCCUUUGAUGCCAAGACUAUUGUCAUUGCUACCACUAUGGGGUUUCUUUCUUUUCUAAGCUCAGUGGUCAUUUGUUUUGUGUUCAUGUUUCUUUGGAGCCAAAGUAAGGGCCAGAUUAAGCACACAGCCACCAUUGACUUUGUGCCACGUUCAUCUAUGGGAGGAGGUGGAGAAGGUGGAGACACGGGGAGGUUUACAAUGAAGCUUAUAUGAACUCAUCUAAGGACAGUAUUGGAUUGUGGAUUCUGUAAACUGUACUGAAAUAAUGGGGGGUAUUUUGGUAACAUUACAUAAGCUUAUAGCUUACAGCUGCCUUCAAUUCAGUAUUGUUGCUAUUGCAGACAUUCUUUGUAGUUUUACAACUUUGCAAAACAUUACAAAAUAUUUAGCUUAUUAAUCUUGAAAAAAGAGAAAGAGAGAGAUAUAUUUGUGCUACCUUUUAAAAUGCUAUGGAUUCAUUUGAGGAGUAACCAAGCUAACCAAGCAUAACCAGAGAUAAUGCAGGUGUUUUGAUCAGGUUUUAUGUAUAUAUAUAUAUUUUGCAUAUAUAUAUAUGCAAAACAUUACAAUAUAUAUAUAAAACCCCUGUUAAAUUGUCAGGAGUGGCAUAUUUCCUAGACUGAAAAAGUAGUGCAUGUUAUGAAUUUUGUAAAAGCAUGUAUUAUUGAACUUGACAUUUUUUCUGUUUUUUAUAGCAAAUAUUUGUGUAUCACUAAUGUAUAAAUAUAAUAUGAAAAGUAUGUACGAUGUGAUAAUUUGCCGUAAGAUUUUUAGAGAUAAAUGACAUUUGGAUUUGUACAUACUGUGCAUUUCUUCUACACAUCCUGUUGAUUUGUUUUUUAUUGAUUUUUUUAUUAUUUCUGGAUUACACAUGUGUGUAUAGGCCAAAGGCCUUUGUUUGCAUGAACCUUUUUGUUGACAAGUUAAACUUUUUUAGGAUUGAAAUGAGAUGUUAUUGUUGUUAUUUUGAAUGUAUUGGAUUGUAGUAUCUUAAUAAUAAAUAUCUGACUGUAAAUGUUUUCUUAGGCACUUCAAUUCUAAGCAUUAAGAGACAACAGUGCUGUUGAAAAACAAUCUUGACAUGACUUUAUAUUGGUACUGUUUCUGUAUGUGAAUAAUCUUCCACUAAGAGACACUGGUGGUAAAAUGGCAGUCUUUCACUCAAAUAAAGCACACACACACACACACACACACACACACACACACACACACACACAUAAAAAUAAAUCAUAUACUAUGUCUUUUUCAGUCACCAUCACAGUUCAGUUGACCUCCUAUAUGUAAGAUGUCUACA